AUUCUCUGUUGUGAGACAGAACAGGAACCAUGCCUGAACCCGCCAAGUCCGCGCCCAAAAAGGGCUCCAAGAAAGCCGUCACCAAGACCGCCGGCAAAGGAGGCAAGAAGAAGAGAAAGACCAGGAAGGAGAGCUACGCCAUCUACGUCUACAAGGUGCUCAAACAGGUCCACCCCGACACCGGCAUCUCCUCCAAGGCCAUGAGCAUCAUGAACUCCUUCGUCAACGACAUCUUCGAGCGCAUCGCCUCCGAGGCGUCUCGUCUGGCUCACUACAACAAGCGCUCCACCAUCACCUCCAGGGAGAUCCAGACCGCCGUGCGCCUCCUGCUGCCCGGAGAGCUGGCCAAGCACGCCGUGUCUGAGGGCACCAAGGCCGUCACCAAGUACACCAGCUCCAAGUAGACGGACCGGCCCGAUCCAAACCAACGGCUCUUUUAAGAGCCACACACUUGUUCUAAAGAGCUACGUUCCUAUUGAAAUAUGUUAAUUGGGAAACUAAAUCAAAAAGUUUUAACUGUUUCUAGAGCAUUUUAAUCUCUUAAAAAUUGUCAAAGUUGAGCAGGAAAACUAAAAUAAAGCAUGGUAAUUGCUAACUUGUGUUCUGAAAAGUUUGCUUUGUCUGAAUCUCUUCACAUUAGAGGGUUUCACAGCUGCAACACUGCUCUGUAUGUGGCACUUACGUAGAUUUACCAUACAGUGCACAGAAAAAUGAAUGGCACAACCCACUUGUUAGCUGCGUCUAAAUCUCAAUGUUAUUAUGCUUAUUUUAAAAACUACACUGUCAUAUACAUAAGUUUAAUAAUUAAAACGUAUUUAAAAUGUUAAGGAUACAUUAAUUUUGAAUAAGUUUAGGUGACCUUGUACCUUUUCUAGUUUAUAAAUCAGUAGUUUUGUUAAAUAUGCUGCAGAUUUGAGUUCAAGAUUAAUUAAUCAGUUAAUUUUUCUUUAUUACAUAAUUGAUAAACAGAGAAAACUUUACAAUUUUCCCCUGAAAUGAAGUGAUUGAAGUGAUCAUCUGAAAAUGUAACAAUUACAGAGAAUAAUAAAGUGC